CAAAUGAAUGUCAAAAGAAUUUAUUUACAUAAUUUGUUUACAUAUUUACAAAUACAAAUAAAAUAUAAAACUAGACAAAAAACCAAUAAGCAAUAAUUAACAACAAACUGAGUAUAUUAUUAUUAUAAAACAAAGUUUAGUCAAAUGGAAGUAAAACAAGAAGUUAAUGAAAAUACUUGUAAAGUAGAAAUAGAUAAUAAUGGGGUAUGUGAUGUUCCUUUGGAUACUCUCAAAGUUGAAAUGAAAGAGGAAGAGGAAACAGUUGGUUAUUUAGACUUAAAGGAAUACCAUUUAAAGACAGAAAUUGAAGAUGUACCACUUACAGAAAGACAAACAAAGGAAGAAGGUCUGUCGUGUGAGGAUAUACAAACUGAUGCCAUUGAUGUAUUUAAAGAAGAACACGAUAUAAUUAACGGAAGUUUAAAUCAGACUGUUUCUGCCACUACAAAUAUAAACAUUGAAGAAAAGAUUUGGGCAUGUAAAAUUUGCUCUAAACACUAUACAACAAAGGAAAAUUUAAAAAUACAUUUGAGAUCGCACACUGGCGAAAAACCUUACAAGUGUGAAAUUUGUACCAGAAAAUUUACAACCAGUUCCAAACUAAGUGAACAUGUGCGAAGGCACACUGGAGAUAAACAAUUUGCAUGUGAAGUAUGCAGUAGGCAGUUUUUACUAAAUUAUCAAUUAAAAAUACAUAUGAGAGUACACACUGCAGACAAACCUUUCAAAUGUGAAGUUUGCACUAAAGAGUAUACAACAAAUUCCCAUUUAAAAGAACAUAUGAAAAUACACACUGAAGAAAAUACAUUUACAUGUGAAAUCUGCCUCAGACAGUUUCCACUAAUCCGUCGAUUAAAGGAACAUUUGAAAAUUCACACUGGAGAAAAUAUUUUCACAUGUGAAGUUUGCAAUAAACAUUUUCCACGAAAUUCUAAAUUAAAAGAGCAUAUAAGAAUACACACUGGAGAAAAACCUUUCACAUGUGAAAUUUGCCAUAAACAGUUUCCACGAAACUCUAAAUUAAAAGAGCAUCUGAGAAGACACGCGGGAGAAAAACGUUUCACAUGUGAAGUUUGCACUAAACACUUUAUGACAAAUCCCCAACUAAAACAACAUCUGAAAAUGCAUACUGGGGAAAAACCUUUUACGUGUGAUAUUUGCGCAAACAAGUUUGCAAAUGCUUUUAAUCUAAAAACGCACAUGAGGGUACACACUGGGGAAAAACCAUUUCAAUGUGAAAUUUGCAACAGACAGUUUUCACAAAACCACCAAUUAAAAAUACAUAUGAGAUUACAUACUGGAGAACAAUCUUCCACAUGUAAAAUUUGCAAUAAACAACUUCCACGAAACUCUCAAUUGAAAGAACAUAUAAAAAUACAUACUGGGGAAAGACCUUUUACGUGUGAUAUUUGCUCAAAAACGUUUUCACGUAGUUAUAAUUUAAAAACACAUAUGAAAAUACACACUGGAGAAAAAUCUUCCACAUGUGAAAUUUGCAAUAAACAGUUUCCACGAAAUUCUCAGCUAAAAGAACAUAUAAGAAUACACACCGGGGAAAAACCUUCUGCGUGUGAUAUUUGCACAAAAAUGUUUUCACGGACUUCCAAUUUAAAAACUCAUAUGAAAAUACACACUGGAAAAACAUAAUAUUUAUUUAUUUUACUGUGAAAUUUACUCUAAUAUCUGUGCUUAAAGCGAGUUAAGUCCAAAAAUGGUCGAAAUUAGCCAAUGCACUAACUGCAUGUUAGAAUUUGAUGAUAUCUACAUGUCCGUAUAAUUUGCCGAGUCGAAUUCCGUUCCUAAACUGAGAUAUUCAUUUUUGUACAAGUGAAAAACAAUCAAUACUAAUUGUGUAAAGAGUGUUAAUUCCUGAACUUGACAUAUCACUCUUUACACUAAGCAUUAUUUCAGAUAUAGGAGGACUCAGUGUGUAAGUCCAACAAUUUUGUGACUUAACUAUGACUUAACGCACUGUGCACUAAUAAGUUAUUACGUUGACUCUCUAUAACUGAAGAAGAAAGGAAUAAAAUAAAUCAAUUUUUAAUUGAAAUACCAGCUUAUGAAAGCCACUACUCAAGACGAGAUUGUGGAAAAAAAUUUAUUUCUCCACAUUUGACGUUUGCCACUAUAUGAAGAAUACAAGCAGUCCUAUCUGAAAGCAGUUUAAAACCGGUAAGCUAUAUUCAGUUUUGUGAGGAGUUCCACAACUUAAUUUAAAAUUUAAAAAGCCUAAAGUACAUACCUGUUCAAAAUGUAGUAUGUUAGACAUGCAACUAAAAGUAUGUUCUGAGAAUGAAAACCAGUAGCUUUUAAAACAAAACAUGACCACCUUGAUAACACGGAGUAUGCGUAUGAGUCUAAAGACAAAGAAGAUUAAAAAGUUACGAUUCAACCAAAACUGUUACAUUUGACAUGCAGCAAUGCCUUUUCAUUCCACUCGUGCAUAGUUCUGUAACCUCCUACAAACGCCAACUUUGGACUUUCAAUUUAACAGUCUACAACUGGAGUCAUGCCACAAUUUACUGUCCUUUUGUUAUAUAUAAAUUUAUUUCUGAAGCUAUAAAACCUGUUGUAAAAAGUUUGACCAUGUACUCAGAUACAUGCGGUGAUCAAAACAAGAAUACUCAUGUAGCUGCUAUGUCUAUGGCAGCACUGCAGAAUUCUCCUAACUUAAAAGAGAUUAACCAUAAAUUUUUGGUACCUGGUCACACGCACAUGGGUGUGAUACAUCACACGGCCUUAUUGAUGAAAAUAAAACAGCUUUUGCUGGAAACAUUCGUCAUCCUCAUGAUUGUGCCCAACUUAUACAAAGCACUGGUAAGAAACGCCUUUUUGUGGCGAAGGAGAUGAGUCAAGAUAGCUUCUUUGACUUUGCUAAGCUACUAAAAACCGACCUUCAGCAGCGCAAACAUGAUGUUGGAUACAAUUUUAGCUGGGGAGAUGUACAGUGGCUGAAGUUUGUCAAAAACUAGCCUGGAAUAAUUUACUAUAAGAAUUCCUUAGACCUUAAUCAACCGUUUCAAUGCGUUAGUUUUAAAAGAAGAGACAAAGAAACCAUUAGCAAAAUGGAACCUAUACUAAAAUCCCAAUAAAGAUGCACUAGAAAUAAACAGACCAAGAUACUAGUGAUGUUGAGAAAGUAACUAUUCGUUACAAAGUACUCGUUACUUACGAAUACCGAAAGUAACGAUUACUAUACAGAGCGGUAAACCGUUACUUUGAUUACUUUGAUUUCUCUGAUUACUUCGCUACUUGGUACCAAUCGUGUCAGAGCGAGUACCUAUUUUGAUUUUGAGUAUUGUAUUUACUCGGUUGAUAUCGGAGUCGGACCGGUAUUCCACGAGUGUUCGGUAUCAGUACAGUUAACUAAAAUUUUAUCUAUGAAGGGCGAAGUCUACGAAGAGUUUUAUAGGAUUACAGGGCUCUGAGAAGUAGCUGAAACAGUCGUCUAUACGAUAUGUCGAGGUAGAUAAGUCACAGAAUUUCACAGAUGUUAGUUCUUUUGCAAAUAAAAAUGCAACGCGUUAGAUUUUAAUAAUAAAUACACAGUAUUCUUAUCAGGCCGAGAAAAAAAUAGCUUAUAUUGACCAAAAAAUAUAUAGAAAUGAUAAUAUUUCUAGACUAUGAUCAUCAACUUUAUUUUGACAUGUAGGUAUGGCAUUGUUUUUAUUAGACCAGGGCAUUUAACACUAAAAACACAGGAAUAAAUCUUUUUUUUUUUAAUAUAGUGGGUCCAUAGACUCUUGCAACUUUUUGCAUUGUAUUUAGGAUUAGGAUGACGUCUGGUAAAAAGUCUACAAUAAAAAAAUAGGUGGAACUGCAUUAUUACAUUUUAAAGUGUAUAAAAUGCAUCGAAAAAUUCAUAAACAUGUUAAAAUCAGUAUAUUAAGGGCCAGAUUUUCUUAUUUCACGGUAUUUGGGGUCACUGAACAGGAUUUUGCAAUUAGAACCGACCUGCACCUGGGUGCCCACGGUUACUGCUAAGGUAAAUCAUCUAGAGUUUCGAGGGUUUGUUUUUGGUAAUUAAUUGAUUCAAACAGAUUACUCGAGAUUACUGAUAUUGUGGAGCAGCAAUGACAAAACAAUUACAUAUAAUUUAACUUCUAUCCAUUAAAUAGAUCGGUGAAGGUCGUUAUAUCGGAUCUUAUACUUAUACGAAAUAAUGAGAAAUGCGAUUCUCGAUAUGAUUACCGGUACUCAAAUACAAAAGUAACAAAAGUAAUCAAAGUAACGAAUACUUUAAAUGAUUACUUUAUACAAAAGUAACGAUUUGUAACGAAUACUCUAAAGUAACUAUAAUCAACAUCACUACAAGAUACGUUGAAUGUUACUAAGAGCACUUCCGAAUCAUGAUUUACAAUGUAUAAACUUUGUUAAUAAUAAUUUGGGAUUGUAAUACUAUUAUACAAUAUAUAUACAUUGUAAAUUAUGAUUUGGAAGUGCUCCUCGUAAUAUUCAACAUGUCUUGGUUUGUAUAUUUCUAGUGUAUCCUUAUUGUGAUUGUAGUAUAGUUCACGUUACCCAGGACAAAAUCCUAUAUCUAAUCAGAAAAAAAUGAACGCCUCGAGCCGUUUCCAUACAUUUUACCAGUAUUUUACCAAUUCUCUGAAGACUUAAUAACCUCAAAUAAUGAAGCAGAGGAUUCCUACCCUAAUGACGUUACUCAUGAAGAACAUGAAGAGACUAGUUGACAAAAGAACGAAAGUAAAUGUGAAAACCAUAAAAAAAAUGACAACAGCUCAAGAAAAUAAAACAAAGAAACAAACUGGCAGGAAGAAGGGAAAAAAUGUAAAUACUAAACAAUAAAACUUCAAAAAAAUAUUGAUUCGUUUUUCAUAUCAGUUUUUCUUUAUUUUUUGUUAUUAAAUACAACUUUAUUGGUUUAUGUAUCACUUAAAUGAAUAAACAGAAAUUUUGUCUUGUUAAAUGUU